UUUCCCCACAGUGACGAAUCAUCAUCACUUUGACGGUAUGCGGUCAUCCCUUGUCGGCCUUCAAGUCCUGGUGGCGUUGGCCCUGCUGUCAAGCUUGUAUUUUGUGUCUGAAAUCUCGUCGUCACUGCACCACGACUCGACCAUCUCGAUGCUCAACACCCUUCGAUUCCGCCGCUCCAAGUUUCACCAACCCAACAAACAUGAUGCACUCGACUACACGGAGGCCAAAGACGUGCUCUAUAAUACCACCUCGGGCGACCCGUACUUUGUGCUCGUUGUGAGCGGGAAGCUCGCGUCUGGAGAAUACUGGUGCUCUGACUGCGAACAAGCGAGAAAGCCCCUUGAUCGGGCAUUUGCCUCGACUGGCGCACGACAUUUAGUUGUCAGCGUCGGGUCUCGAGAAGACUGGGUCAAUGCAUCCAACCCGUUCCGCGUGGGGCCGCUUUUUCGUGUCGACGAGAUCCCUGCCUUGCUGCGGUACGAUGGCGACCUCCACACGACGACGCUCUUGACGGGCGGUGCGUUUCUGUCCGACGAAGCCAUGUUACAUGCAAUUUUGACGCCGCCGCGGGCGUCCCCGCCGACCGUCCUGCACCUCAGUACUGUUCAAGGACUCGCAAUGUACUUUGACACUUACGCGGCCGCCAAGUCCACGUACCCGCUGUACGUAUACUUUGUAUCAGGUACCAACCCCGACGGCAAGCUGUGGUGCCCUUUCUGCGCCGAAGCCGAACUGCCCGUGAUGACCUACUUUGAACAGUUUGCGUCGGACGAUGCAGUCCUUCUACGCGUGGUCACUGCCUCGUCGCUGGAGGAUUGGCAUCGUGACGACAACCCGUUCAACAUGCAAACAAUCAUUACAAUCUCGGGACUUCCCAUGCUGAUCCGAGCCAAACCAGAAAGCUUCAGGCAGGACAGCUCGGCGGCGCUCGAGUUUCAGGAGUACACGGCCAUUUAUGAGGAAACGGCACUGCUCAAAGCGUUUUACCAAGGCGAAAUAUAUGCUGAAAGUACCUAAAUAACAGUUAUAAUAUACUCAAAUAUUUCCA